AUGAGAAUCGCCACUCUGUUCGUCGUGUUGGUUGCAUGCGUGUCAAUGACCGCUGCCUACAACUCAUGUGUUAACCGUCUGCCAUACGAGCAGCGUAACACCCACGUCUCCUCCCCACUCCCAGUCGACUACGUCACCGACGUUCCAGCUUCAUGGGACUGGAGAAACGUGUCCAACCCCAACGCCCCAGCCUGGGAGACACCAAGAUCAUUCGUUGCCAUCACCAGAAACCAGCAUCUUCCACAGUACUGUGGCUCCUGCUGGGCCUUCGCCACCACCUCUGCCCUCUCCGACAGAAUCAAGAUUGCCAAGAACGCCGUCUUCCCAGAGAUUGACCUUGCUCCACAAGUCCUCUUGAACUGCAUGGGUUCCGACAACUCCUGUGAUGGUGGUGACCCCACCCAGGCCUACGAGUACAUGCUCAACAAGGGUAUUACCGACGAGACCUGCGCUCCAUACGAGGCCAUCGACUUGGAAUGCACUGCUGAGAACAUCUGCAAGAACUGUGCCUACGAUCUUAGCUCCCCAACUGCUCUCUGCACUGCCCAGCAAAACUACACCACCUACUUCGUUGAGGAGCACGGUCUGGUCAACGGUACUGAGGCUAUGAUGGCCGAGAUCUACGCCAGAGGUCCAAUUGCCUGUGGUAUCUCUGUCACUGAUGCCUUCGAGGCUUACACCUCAGGUGUCUUCACCAACGCUGCUGGUGCUGGUGAGAUCAACCACGAGAUCUCCAUCGUUGGAUGGGGCACUGAGAAUGGCGUCGACUACUGGAUUGGUCGUAACUCCUGGGGCACCUACUGGGGUGAGUUGGGCUGGUUCAAGAUCCAAAGAGGAGUCAACCUCAUCAGCGUCGAGUCUGACUGUGACUGGGCCGUCCCCAAGCAAGUCUGGUAA